AUCUAUAUAAAGAUAACAAUGGUAUAAUUCUAAAUCAUUAAAUAAUUUUGCCUCCUUCGCCCAAUCUUUCUCGGCACUUCCUUCAUGGAUCUCCAACAUCCCAUCUUACCAAUCCUUCUCCCUUUCUUCCUCUUUUUGUUCAUGGUGUUGAGCAUACUGAAAAGAUCAUACAAAACCAGUAACUCUUCUUUGAAACUACCCCCGGGACCAUGCAAGUUGCCCAUAAUUGGAAAUAUGCAUCAGCUUGUAGGCUCUUUGCCUCAUCACGCAUUAAGAGACUUGGCCAGGAAAUAUGGACCCCUGAUGAGCAUAAGAAUGGGACAGCUUCCAAUUGUUGUAGUCUCAUCGCCGGAGUUUGCAAAAGAGGUUAUGAGAACACAUGACACCAUCUUUGCAUUUAGGCCCCACGUUCUUGUUUCACGGAUCGUGUUCUACAAUUCUACUGACCUCAUUUCUGCUCCGUAUGGCGAGUAUUGGAGACAACUUCGAAAAAUUUGCAUACAGGAGCUUUUGAGCCCGGCGAGGGUUCAAUCGUUUAGACCAAUUAGAGAGGAAGAGAUGUUCAAUCUCAUGGAAUGGAUUGCUUCGAAUGUUGGCUCUUCUAUCAAUCUCACUGAAAGAAUCCACUCCUCUACUUACAACAUCACGUCGCGAGCAGCCUUCGGAAAGAAAAGCAAAGAUCAAGAGGAAUUUAUAACACUUGUGAUUGAAGUUGCAAAGAUAUUAGGAGGCUUUGAUCUGGAGGAUUUGUUUCCUUCUUUCGGUUUUCUUGAUCCUCUCAUCUUCGGCACACGAGCUAAAUUUGAGAGGCUGCAUCAAAGGGCCGAUAGGAUAAUCGAAAACAUCAUCAAGGAACAUAAGGAGAAGAAGCCAACAGCAAAAAGUGGUGAAAGUCAUACAAUCACAGAAGAUCUAGUUGAUGUUCUCCUGAAGUUUUGUAACAAUGACCUUGGCUUUUCCCUAACAACUGACGAUGUCAAAGCAGUCAUAUGGGACAUCUUUUCUGCUGGGAGCACGACAACUGCUACAGCUGCGGAGUGGGCAAUGGUAGAAAUGAUAAAGAAUCCAAGAGUGAUGAAAAAAGCUCAGAAUGAAGUGAGACAAGUCUUUAAUAGAAAAGGGUCGGUUGAUGAAACCGUGCUUAGUGAGAUGAAAUAUUUAAAAUGUGUUGUCAAAGAGACACUGAGGUUACACCCUUCUGCUCCUUUAUUACUUCCAAGAGAAUCUCAAGAGAAAUGUGAGAUUAAUGGUUACGAGAUACCGGUGAAAACCAGGGUCAUAGUUAAUGCAUGGGCAAUAGGAAGAGACCCUAAAUAUUGGACCGAACCAGAUAGUUUUUUGCCAGAGAGGUUUCUUGAUUGUCCGAUUGACUUCAAAGGAACAAAUUUUGAGUACAUACCAUUUGGGGCGGGAAGGAGAAUAUGCCCAGGCAUGUCGUUUGGUCUGAUUAAUGUUGAGCUUUUUCUAGCAAUGUUCCUUUACCAUUUUGAUUGGAAACUCCCCAGUGGAGUGAAUCACGAAGACUUGGACAUGACUGAGUUGUUUGGUGUAACAGUUAGAAGAAAGGAAGGUUUGCACUUGAUUCCCAGUGCUUAUGACUUGUCACCUAUACAACAAACCUCUACGAGCACAAACUAACGUGUAAUUUUUGGUUUUUACUGUUGUAGUUCACAUUAUCCUUUGUUAUCAUUAAUAAAGCUCAGAA